AUGUACGAUCUUGAAAAGGUUAUCAUAAUUGGAGGAGGGCCAACCGGCCUCGCAGCUGCCAUCCGCCUGGCUCAAAACAAUAAGCUGAGCCCGGUCAUCUAUGAACUCCGUAACCCCAAGACUGCAGGCCUGGGGGGCUCUCUGGGUAUUCCUGCCAAUGGUGUGCGUGUUCUGCACCGUCUCGGGCUCUGGGACACGAUCCUGCCGCGCAGUGUCGACAUCACCAAAACCGUCCUACACUCCACAUCUGGCAGCGUGUUGAGCGAGGUGGAUAUCUCUUCAGAAGCCAAGAAAAAGACUGGAUUUGGUUAUCUUCGCAUCAACCGGGUGGAUCUGGUCCAGUGUUUGCGAGACAGUGCGCAAAAAUACGGUAUCCCGAUUCACUACGACAAACAGAUCCAAUCCAUCGACGAUCGCGGGGAUUCCGUCACGGUUACCUUUUCCGAUGGCACUAGUGACACGGCGUCCCUUCUGCUGGGAUGCGAUGGAAUCCACUCCUCGGUGCGCAGGCUACAUGUCGAUUCGGAGAUUGCGCCAGUGUAUUCAGGGAUCUCCGCCAUCUCGUCAAUCGUCGACGAUGUGACAAAUAAGGAGCCCAAGGAUGCGACGUGCCUGCAUUCGACACUCACGCCGCAUGGUAUGCUGGCAACUGCGCCAUGUGCUGCCAAUCAGAUUUUCUGGUUCUUCAGUAAAGAGGUACCUCUGCCUCAAGGGUCGACCUCGGCGGAUGUCCGUGAUGGCUGGAUGCUUCACCGCCAGAACGAGCUGGCUGACUGUCGACGCUCCCUAUCAACUGUACUCGACUGCGUCCAGGGCCAGUGGGGCCAAUAUCUGCGGCAACUUGUGGACGCUAGUCAGGACGUGCAUUUUUACCCGCACUAUCGGAUGCCCCUCGGCGGUCGGUGGUUUGUUCCUUCAGAGAUCCCACAGGGAUCGCCCCGCGUGCUGUUGAUCGGGGACGCCGCACAUGCAGUGCAACCUCAUGCCGGACAGGGUGUAGCUUUGGCGCUGGAAGAUGUGAUCCUUCUCUCUGGAUUGUUGGCCCAUUAUCAAGCUGGUGACUACACGAACCUGCAGGAGCUGUUUGACCGAUUCGAUCAAAUUCGUCGUCCGCGCAUCCAGCGCAUUAACGAGGUUGCAUUGCGCAAUGGCAGGAUGCGUCGCAAUCAGUCACCGUGGACGGUAUGGUUCAAGGAGUGGUACAUGUGGGCCAUGCUGCAUGUCAAUCGGUUCUGGGGCAUGUCCAUAUCCGGUGUGUUGAAUGGAGAUGUACUGUAUGACGUAGAGACGGAAUUGAAGCAGUUAGCCUGA